UAAGACAUUUCGCUCGACCAACUACGCACUCUGGCCGUCCAUUUAAUACGAAGUGGAAAUCAUUUAUACUGAAUGCAUUUUUACAACCGGUUUUCCCAGUUGAUACGUUUGUAAAGUCUAGGUGUCAUAUCGUAUCAUGAGGAAGAGCAAUUUAAUUCGAUUAUUCAGAUGAUUCUAGAAAAACGUAUAAAGUCAUUUAAUUAAUGUUUUGUUUUGUUGAUGCUUUUGCAUCGAGUGUUGCUGUCAAGAUUUUACGACUAAUUUCUAAACUUGCUACGCCACGAAAUUAUUACUCAAAUAUCUGGUCUUCUGUAUAUAAUGCCUGCUUUGAUAGAACGUCCAAAAAUGAGUCUUGCUAUGUGGGCUGCUCUUAAAUCUCACAUCAUGAAGCAAAGAGAAAAGAAAAAACAAGAAUUGGAAGCAGAUGCUGUUGUUGAACAACUGAGACGGGAACAAGAAAAAGAGAGAAAACAGAAUGCUAUGACUCUAGAAGGAAUUAAAGAACAGAUUACUGAAUAUGAGAAGAGGUUGCUUUGUUUCAAAAAUAUGAAACAUGAGUUAUUUCUGUCAUUGAAAAGAGUUUUAAAUGAUGAUGAAGUUAGACGAAAUGAAGAAAUUAAAGAGGCUAAUGAAAUUGUGCAAGUAAAUAAUCCCUAUCAAAAUCAAAAUGUGCCUGUUGGAGCAGCUAACCUAUAUUUAUUAGGAGGAAAUAGAGUAAUGAACAGAAAUUCUGGAAUGUAUAAAGUGGGUAAUGCUCCUCAAAUGCAACAAAAUGUAAAUGGUGCUGUUAAAAGACCAAGAAGUCCAUCUCCUCCUCCUACCUCAAAUUAUUCUCAAGGAUAUAAUUAUAAAGCUCAUGUUACUGCUUAUGGUCAAACAUACUCCAUUCCACACCCAUCGGGACAAUAUCCCUCUCAGGAACAAGCUAAACAUUUGGCUGCAGCAAACUACCAUGUCUCUCAUUUACCUCAAACAAGUUAUGUUGGAGGAUUACCACCUCAAAUUGAUCAUCCUUCUCAAAAAGCAAGUAACUUACAAGAGGAGAAAUACUACAUACAGCAGACUGGAAGCAUAUCUGCUGGUUAUCCUAUUAGGAGUCAGCCUCAACUUGCUCCUCAUCUAUCUGCUCCCCAUCAUUCAUCAACACCUCCACAUCAGAGUGCUUUCUAUCAAAAAGUAAAGGCAAUUCGGGAAUAUGAAAGGGCAGAAGGAAUGCGAUUUGAACAUGCAACACAAAGUGAUCCUAAUGCUCCUAUUAGAAAAGAAGAAUUAAUGCGAAGAAGCAUGAAUAAUGAUGGACAUAAAUAAUGCAUAAAUUCAUGAUUUGUAAAAAUAUUAAUAGCACUUAUAAACUUUUUAAGGCCACAUAAUAUAAUCAUUUAGUAUAAGCAUUCCCUUUUUUUUUUCUUCUUAAAUUCAACUAUUAACUUCUAUGGUGUUUUCUACUAGAUUGCAAGUUUAUAAAUUAAGGUUUUGAAAUAUAAUUUAAAUGUUAAUAAAUAGAAAUACAGUCAGAUAAGAUUUAAGACAAGAUUAAUGCUUAUAAAACAAUGUUUUAUUUUUAAUGAUUUAAACUAAGCUUAAAAUAAAUUAUUUUUGUGUAAGGUACAGGACUAAAUUAAGACUGGUUAUGUCUCUUUUUGUGCAUGCUUAGAGUGAUGUGCAAGUAGGAAUUUUUGUCAUUGUCAUGGCUAUUUAAGUGUCGCUGAGCAAAAAAAGUCAUACAUACCACUUCAUGAUAGCAUCAUUGAGGAACAAAACACAUCUAUUUGUACAUUUGUCAAACUCUUGGUACCGUCACCAUAGAACAGGAAAUAUACUUUGUUAUUAUUUGAUUAUCCUGCCAAAGAUUGAUGUCUGUACAUUUAACUCCUUACUACAGGACAUUUUUGUAAAUGGGUAAAUAUUGGAUAUUACUAUCAUAAGUUAAUUCCAAGUUUAUCCGGUCAGAUUUACUUGCUACAAAAGCACAAAAUUGCCUAUAUAUUUUCUUUUUGAAUGAUUGUUAGUCUUGAUUAUCAUUUUAAGUAUUGUUCUAAACUAAACAAAUAAACAUUGUAUAAAACAAAGUAAAGAUGACUUGUAAAAAUACAGAAAUCAACAACCAACUGGCAAACAUAAAAUCAAAGAGAUAGUCUCCCUAUGUAGAAAAAAAAUUAACUUUUUCAAUAUCAUGGACUAGUUUUACAGCAAUUAAUUAUCUUAAUGUCAUUAAAUGCUAUUUAUAGAAAUGAA